AUGCAACAAACUUCCAUUUAUGAGUUGCCAUUUAACAAUUAUUAUGAGCAAUUAACAAAUUCUGGUGAAUAUCAGCAAGUUCAAUAUGUUGAUAACAUGAAUAUGAAUCUACAAUCACAACCAAUAUAUCAGACACCAUUCCAACAGCCACCACCUUCUUAUCCGACAGCUGUUCAGUCAUUAUCCUAUCCAAUACCUACGCAACAACAGCCGCUACCUGUAUAUAACAAUCAGAACUUAUCAACAAAGUAUCUAACAGGUCCAGGAGUAUUUCCUCCCAAACAAUAUAAAUGGCCACGUCGAUCGAUUGCGCUUGUUUGUCCACGAUGUGGUGCUACAGUAACAACACGUGUAGAAACAGAAAUUACAUUUAUUACUUUUAUUGGGUGUCUGAUCUUAUGUGUGUUCAUAUGUUUUUUGGGCUGGCUAGCACUUUUACUACCAGCAUGUAAAAAAGUAAUUCAUUAUUGCCCCUAUUGUAACAGUAUUUUAGGUGUACGACCUGAAUUACGAUAA